UCCGGAGAGCCAUCAAGUCUCUUAUAUAAACCACCCCUUCCCACCGCUCAAUUCGCAGAGCAACCGGAAUGGAACAGCUGCCUCUCGCCGGAAUAAUCUUCGCCCUUCUCUUCUUUCUCUAUGCUCUCUUCACUAUAUCCCGGAGAUCCGCCGCUCAUCGGAAGAAACUCCCACCGGAAUCCGGUGGCGCCUGGCCGGUGAUUGGCCACCUUCAUUUGCUAAGUACAAAAGAGUCAACUCACAUAACCCUUUCAAAAUUGGCUGAUAAGCACGGACCAAUAUUUACAAUUCGGCUCGGUAUGACAAAGGCCUUGAUUGUGAGCAAUUGGGAUAUAGCAAAAGAGUUUUUUACUACAAAAGACAGAAUCUUUGCCUCUCGACCAAAGCUUGCAGCCUCAAAGCUAUUGGGCUACGACUAUGCCAUGAUGGGUUUGAGCCCUUACUCUCCACUUUGGCGCCAUGCACGCAAGAUAGCCACUCUUGAGCUCCUCACAAGAAAAGACGAAAAAUUGGUGGUGGAAAUGAAGAAUUUGUUCGCUGACAUAACGCUCAACAUCAUAUUCAUGUUGGUGAUCGGAAAGCGAUUCUCCACCGCCUUCAACCGCCACGACGGUGAAGAUUGCCAAAAGGCAUUGAGGGAUUUCUUUAAAUUGUUUGGAGUGUUUGUUCCAUCGGAUUCUUUUCAGCUUCGAUGGUGACACGUCGUCAAAGCUACUUGCUUGAAUAUGAUAUUGGGUGGAUUCGACACUACCACGGU